AUGGGUCUCUAUCUUCCCGGGUUCCUCUUCUUCCUGGUGAUCUCACUGCCUUCAGGAAAUGGUCUGUUUGGGAAUGAUGGAGUAGAAUUUCGUACUUGCAGUAAACUUGAAGGCAGAUGUUUCUUUGGUUGUAAUCCGGCAUGGCAGUGGGUUGCUUUCUGCCAUAACAUUUUGUCUUGUUGUAAAAAGUUUAAAAAUUUUACACCCCCCCAAGCCAAAGAUCCAUGGGCCGAAUAA